ACCCCUCUCUCUCUCAGGGGAGUGUUAAUGUACUGGAGUGUCCAGUCAGGUGUGUAUUCACAUUUCUCUCUCUCAGGGAUGCAGUACUCUGUACUGUACAUGGUGUCGGAGUGUAUCCUGUCAGUGCUGCUGCUGGGGAUGUGGAUCUCUCUCUGUGCCUGCAGAGUAGGAGGGAGGCUGGGGAGAGGGCGGGCCCAGGGGCGGGACCAGAGGAGGCUGGGCGUGUCCAUGUGUCUGUGGGUGUGUAUGGGCGGGGCCAGUGUGGGAGUGGCACUGCUGGGCAUUCCCCUGUCUGUGGUGCUGAACCUGCAGCGCCCGCUGUGCCUCUACAACUGCCUGCUCAUGGCCUGCUGCCCCCUAGUGGCAGGGCAGUUCUCCACUUUCCUGCUGCUGCUGGUGGUCCUGAACCUGCACCUCAAGGUCCGGCUCCCCACGUGGUACCCCGCGCUGGUGACCCGCAGACGGGCCCUGUACUUGGUGUUCCUGUGCUGGCUCGGGUCGGUGCUGCUGGGUUUUGCCCCCCUGAUGGGCUGGAGCUCGCUGCCCGGGGGCUCCACAGAGGGGGGUCUGGAAGGGGGAGGGGGGGGCACCGCGGGGCUGGGGCUGGGGCAGCUGGGCAACUGGACCCCCCCCGCACCCCCCGCCUUCCUGCCGGCCCCCCAGGACCGCACCAUCAUCGGGCAGUUCCUGCCGUACGGCGGCUUCCUGUCCAAGGUGUACUUCCAGGACCAGCGGAACCUCAGCUACGAGGAGAUCCACGGGCGGCACCUGGGCCUGUGCGAGCCGGAGCCGGCGCUGGGCCUGCGCUACCUGGUCUACGUGCACGCCGUCGCUGCCUUCCUGCUCCCCCUGCUGGCCAUGCUGGGCGCCUACGCCGCCGCGCUUCCCCGGGGGGAGGUCCGGAUCCGAGCGGAACCGAACGUCUGGUCCGGUCCGAUGCCUGGUGUCACAGUGAAGGACGUUAACCAGCAGGACUUCGUCCGCGCGCUGUCCGCUUUCCUGAAGAAGUCCGGAAAGCUGAAGGUGCCGGAGUGGGUCGACACGGUGAAACUAGCCAAACACAAGGAGCUGGCGCCCUGCGAUGAGAACUGGUUCUACACCAGAGCCGUGUUACAGUACCAGUGUGUGUCUCUCAGUAAUGGCUGGGAGAUGGGGGUAAUCGUGCUGUUAAUUGCGGCUGAUGAGCUGACUCAGGAGCUGGGCCUGGACUGGUCUACUGGUUCUGGAAGUGGCCCGGGGGGAGUUUGGGAAGGAGGGGGGCAGGACACUGGCUGGAUGGAGCCCUGUGAUGGACUGGACCGGCCAGCGGUCGUCCAGCGCCGGCCAGUCACCUUCACGGCCACAGCCGGCACCUGUCUGGAAACCGAAGGACGAAUGUCGCUGAGGUCUGACUGGCCACUGUGGACGAACCCCGCUGGCCUGCAGCUGUGA